CGUGUUCCUUUAGGAAAGCGGAACCAAAAACCGGAACCCGGAUGUUUCUCAGAUCUUCGCUUCCUGUUGUGUUUUUCAGCUUUUAAAACCAGGAAGAUGGAUUUUCUGACGAACAAAUGGAUUGUAUAUUUGGCAUUAUGUUUGUUUUUCACCGGUGUCUGUUGCAAUUCAGUGGAAAACAAGAUUUACAUCAAACUCAACUACACAAUGCCAUGUGUGCGACUUCUUAAUGCAACUCAUCAAAUAGGCUGCCAGUCGUCUUUGUCAGGGGAUGUUGGAGUACUCCAUGUGCUUGAGUCAGAAGAAAACCUGGACUGGGUGCUUCGUACUGGUCUCCACCCUCCUUACAUGGUCAUCCUGGAGUCUCCACUCUUUACCAGAUCCAUCAUGAUGAAGCUGAAGAACGGCUCCAGCAGGGUGGCCGGCGUUGCUGUCGUGGCGCCCACCGUGAAUCCACCUCAGGGCUUCUCCCCACACACUAGCUGUCCCAACGAGAACUCAGGUGUGUAUUCGGAAAACUACGGCCCGGGUCUGGCCCAUUGCAACACUACAGUGUGGAAUCCCCUCGGCAACGGGUUGUCCUACGAGGAGUUUGAUUUUCCCAUCUUCUCUCUGAAAGACAACAACGACACACAGCUUAUACGACAGUGCUACGUUGACCACAACCGUCCCGUGAACGGCAGCGACCCACAGUACCCUCUCUGUGCCAUGCAGCUUUUCUCCCACAUGUCCGCCGUCACCAACACGGCCACCUGCAUGAGGAGAAACAGCAUCAUCUUCAGCAUCAGCCCGGAAGGGGUGUGUGAUCCAUUGAGUGACCAUAAUAUCUGGGCUCCUGCUAAGCCUUUGAACACCACGGAGAAGGGCCACAAGGUGGGGGAGCGUGUGGUCCUCGCAACAGCCAGGCUUGACAGCAGGUCCUUUUUCUCUGAUAUCGGUCCUGGAGCAGAGAGUGCGGCUUCAGGCCUCGUCACCCUGCUGGCGGCCGCUCACGCUCUACGAAACGCCACCCAGGAGGCUCAGCUGGAUCGAACCAUCUUCUACACUUUCUUCCACGGGGAAACGUUUGACUACAUUGGCAGUUCGAGAAUAGUGUACGACAUGGAGAAAAAUCAGUUCCCUAUAGAUCUGGACAACGUUCACUCUGUGCUGGAGAUUGGACAGGUCGGACUGCAUUCCAGCUCUGCGCUCUGGCUCCACACAGACCCUGUCUCCAGGAGAAACAGCAGCACAGAUGAAGAGGUGAAGAACCUCAUCAACAACCUGCAAACAGCUGCCGCAGGUUUAAAUCUCUCUGUGGAGGAACCUGGUGUCACCCAGCCGCUACCUCCUUCGUCCUUCCAGAGGUUCCUGCGAGCUCGGCCGUUCCCUGGUGUUGUUAUUGAGGAUCACAACUCCAGUUUCACCAACAAGUACUACCAAAGCAUGUUUGACAACACAGAUAAUUUGAACAUGUUGUACCCUCCGAACCUGACGCCGGAGGAGCAGCUGAACCACGUCACCGACACUGCAAAGUCUCUGGCUGGAGUGGCGACCAUGGUGGCUCGAGCUCUGUUUGUUCAGGCUGGAGGAGAAGCAAGCCAAACCAGCAGCAUUAAAGCAGACGAGCUGAUGGUGAGCCGGAUGCUGUACAGUUUCCUCGUGUCGUCGAAUAACUCCUGGCUCCAGGACUUCGUAGCCACAGAGGCUCUGAGCCACCUCAGCAACAACACUGCAAACUUCUAUAUCAGUGUGGAGCAGCAGAUCAGCUUGCCGACUUUUCUUGUCCAGUCCUUGUUGGCUAACCUGACUGGGAGCACCGUCAACGUCACGCAGGAAGACUGCAGGAAUCAGAGAGAGAACAAAGACGACAAGGACAGCAAGCAUUUGUACAGCUACUUUUGGGCCCAGGGAGCAGCACCUUCCAACAGCACGGAGCGGGAGGGUUUCUGCGUUCGCUCCACGGUGCGUUGGUCCAAAGCCAUUUCCCCGGCCUUUGAGCUGAAUGACUACACCUCCAGUAAUUACUCAACGUGGACAGAAUCCAGGUGGAAGGAAAUCAAAGGACGCAUAUUCCUGGUGGCCAGCCACGACCUGGAGAUGCUGACGCUCGGUGUGGGGAUCGGCGUGCUGCUGACCUCCCUCCUGUUGACCUACAUCAUGAGCUCAAAGGCAGACAUACUCUUCAGCUCAGGGAGGGAGCCCACCACCGCCACCUACUGAUCCACAGGGAGACGUCUCCGGCCUGGCACCACUACAACCCCCACUCCACUACUACUACUACUACCGCUAGUACUACUUCUGUCCCAAGCAGACUAUAAAACUCAGCACGUGAAGGUACACAGACAGCUUAGACUCAGCAGUACAGGGGGGUCGGUUUAUGAUACCCGCUCUGUGAUCAUGGACUCACUCAGGUGAGGCUUGACGUCAAGACUGGAGUGGCCUGGAUGGAUCUGGACUCUUCAGGGUCAAGAACCACUGGUCUUGCACCAGAGACGCCUCAGUCAGUGGACAAGAUGUUUAUAUUUCUGUGAUAUUUGAGGUUUUUGUUUUCCACCUUUCUAAUGUUGAGGAAUGUUUUUGUUUACUAUGUCAUGGGACAGGGACUAAACAGUCAGCAUUAUACUGAGCGAGUGUGAGAAGCAUUGGGACUGGCUGAUUUAAAGUUUGUGAAUAAUUGUGUGUGUGUGUGUGUGUGAGAGAGUUAGAGUCUGGGGAUUGCAAUGGUAUGUGCAAUACUGUAGCUGUCUUCUGUGUCAGUGUAAUUAAAUUAUCAAUCAGCUGUAAUGAUACGCCGGCGGUCAGUCAGUAGAGUUCAAAUUUACGCUUUAAGUUGACCUGGAAAAGACAAAUUUAGGAUAUUUAUACUGUUAAUGUCGCUACAUGUCCAUGUAGAGAAGAUCUUGAACCUUAGCAGGAGAAAUCUUAGCCGUGGGAAGAAAUCUAGAGUUUUAACACUGAAAAUGUGCUGUGACUCUUGCUCUGCACUCCCUUGAUUCCUAUUUUUCACAAUCUUAGGAUAACCUUUGGAAAUUUUGACCCGUACACUCAAGGUUCUAAUUUUGUUCAUGACUGGAAUAAAACACAGAUUUUGAGGUCCUGAAAACAAACAAAAAAAUAAACAUUUGCUUUUUAUUCCAA